GUAUGUGCAUGAUAAGCAUACUUUAAAGUUUUUUUUUUGUAACUGCAAUGCAUGCAGUAUUUUUUUUUCAGUAACAUUUCAAGUAAAACAGGAUUGAAUCUCAUCGUGUCUUCUAAAUUACAGCAAAUUAGUUCAAAUAUCAAGUUUAUGUAAUUUUUGUUUUUGUUUUAGGACAAGAUGGCACACUUGUACAUGGACCAGACUCGGUCAUCUCAAUGCUAGACCAUGCCUUCAACUCGUUCGGUACUGGAGAAAGUGAUUGUGGGAUUCACGCAGAUAAUUGUUUUGGUCAGAAUAAGAAUAGAUACGUACUAGCCUACUUGUCAUGGCGUACGAUGAUUGGAUCACAUAGAAAUAUCAAAUACAUGAUGCAGUUACCAGGACAUACAAGGUGCUUGAUCGACGCGGGAUUUGGAACGAUAAAGAAGUUGUAUCGGCGUUCAAAUUGUGAUACUCUCCAACACGUGACGGAAGUAGUACUGAAGUCAGCACACAGUAAUGUUCCCGUUACUUAUGGUGAAUGGAUGUGGAAAGGCUGGAAGGUGUUCCUCGCAGACAGAUUCAAAAAAGUGCCGAACAUCUCAAAAUAUCACCACUUCCGUUUCACGUCACUCGAACCCGGUAUAGUUUACAUGAAGGUAGCUGCAGAUGAUACUAAUGAAAUACGAUUUGUAAUUUGUAAGACGAACUAUCUACAAAUGGAUAGAAAUGACCUUCCAUCUGUCAUACAUCCUGCAGGAUUAAGCCGGGAACGUCAGACGUACUUGUACCGUCACGUCAGACCACUUGUGAGACGCCCGUUCCAAGAUGUUCUUUGCCCAGUUCCCCCGUCAAGCGAUGGGCAGUGAUUAGUUAUACAAAUUUCUAUACACUAGUUCCUAAAGUAUCAAGUGUCAAGGAUAUAUUUAAGCUGGUGUAUCUCAUGAUAAACUUACUAUUCUGUGUACAGUGGUGGUUUUGAGUAUUUACUGUUGUGCUUCUACGAUCACAGCGUUUUCGUAGUAACUGAUAUUUGUGACCUAUUAUCAUUAAAGUAACAUUUUAAUGUUAUUUUUAGAUAAUGUUUUAUUUAAUAAUUACAGAAAUAGAUAAUUUUGGAUGAGUGUACGUAAUUUUUUUAAU